AUGUCAACUUACAACAACUACAACGACAAGACACAACUUGGGUUGAGAUUACGACUCUGGCGUGGUUUGAGAUCUAUCGUCAAUCGACGUCUUCGUUUUGUCUCUGCGCCUACUCGCCUUCUGUCGCAUAGGCACAACGAGAACGGCAAUCCGCCGGAAAUACAAUCUACUGCUUCUACCACAACCACGACAACAACAACAACAACUACUACUACUACUACUACUACUACUACAACAAUCCAAAUGCCAGGCACAACUCGAUUCGCCGACGACGGCAAACUCAACCCCUCUGAAUGGUUCCCAGUGUACCAAAGGUGUAUAGAACACUUUGUGAAUGUGGCACAGCAUCGGCCCACGGCGCAAUCACUUGCGGCGCAUAUCAACAUUCUUCUUCCCUGCCAGCGUGCCACGACCGGCGGCAUUCUCAAUUCCUCCGAGUCGUCUUCACGACAAUCACAAUCACAACCAGAACCAUUCUCACUCAUCCCCUACGUCCGCCGCCUCGUCGCCACAGCUACAGACACUCCAACCAUCAUGCAAGAGCUUUUCGGGGCAGACUGGCGUCAGGGUGUCGGCGCAAUCGUCGCCCAGGAGAGAAUAAACUACCUCUUCGCCGCGAAAAGUGGCGGAUGGCUCAAAACAAAGGCGCACUAUGAUAUACUGCCGUAUGAAACGGUGCCCUUUCUGAGGCCAUUGCGCGACCCGGAGGAAGAAGAGUUGAGAACGGCAGAGCUGCGUUGGAGUGAAUGGUUGGCUAUGGAGGAUUGGAUGGUGGGACCGCGUAGUCCGUUUGAGGAGGAUUUGUCGGGGAAUUAA